AUGUUAUUCUUCAUCAAACCCAGAAUAAUUACAGCCCUUUUGCUCUUUCUCGUCGUCUCAAUCUCCCUGCAAACUUGUCAGGUCAAUUCCCAGUGCAGCAAAGGCUGUGACUUAGCUUUAGCCAGCUACAACGUCUGGCAAAACUUAAACCCCACCAUAAUCGCCCAACUUUUCAGCGUCCCAACUUCCACUCUCAUCACCUGGAACCCGGUCAGCAUCCCAGACGAGGAUACAGUCCUUGAAGGGACGAGAGUAAACAUCCCAUUUCCUUGUGACUGCAUCAAUGGGAAUUUGCUAGCUCAUGUCUUCAAUUGCAGUGUUUCAUCGGGGGAUACUUAUGAUAUAAUUGCUUCCCACUUUUACGCGAAUUUAACGAGUACCACUUGGUUGCGGAGGUUUAAUAGUUAUCCAGAGAAUAAUAUCCCAGAUACUGGAGUUCUGAAUGUUACUGUGAAUUGUUCUUGCGGGAAUAAGGCGAUUUCCAAGGAUUAUGGGUUGUUCAUAACUUGGCCGAUAGAGGUUGGGGAUACUUUGGAGUCUGUAGCUGCUGCUAAUAAUUUGAGUGCUGAUUUGAUCAGCAGGUAUAAUCCAACGGCAAAUUUUACUGCUGGGAGUGGUCUGUUGUUCAUCCCUGCAAAAGAUCUAAGUGGAAACUAUCGGCUUCUGCGUCAAGGUGGUUCAAUCUUCUCAUAUUGGUUCAUUUUACCUUUAUUGAUGUCCAAUUACCGCAUGUACUUGAGGAUUGACGUUGGAAUUUUUGACAUCCUGGGUUUUGCUACCUUAGGAUCAGGAUUGUCAGGUGGAGCUAUAUCUGGGAUAUCUCUUGCAGUAGUUGGAGUGUUUUUUUUUGCAGCUUGCGGGUAUCUUCUUGUUUACAGAAAGAGGAAGGCAGAGAAAAUAUCACUUAAAGAUCAAUUUGAGCAACCUGCUUCUGAUACUGCAGCUAAAGCUCCAGAGUCUGUUAAUGAUGCUAAAAGGGCUUCUUCAGGCCUUGGUGGAGUAGUUGUUGAGAGAUCUUUUGAGUUCUCGUAUGAAGAGCUUGCAAUAGCUACUAAAGGUUUCAGUUUGGCUAAUAAGAUCGGCGAAGGCGGCUUUGGCUCUGUUUAUUAUGCUGAGCUUGGGGGCGAGAAAGCGGCAAUCAAGAAAAUGGACUUGAAAGCAAAAAGAGAAUUUGUUGCUGAACUUAGGGUUUUAACACAUGUACAUCAUCAGAACCUGGUGCGCUUAAUUGGAUAUUGUGUGAAGGGUUCCCUUUUUCUUGUAUAUGAGUACAUUGACAAUGGAAACUUGAGCCAGCAUCUUCGAGGAUCAGGGUGCGACACACUGUCGUGGUCCAGCAGGGUGCAGAUUGCAGUGGAUUCAGCAAGAGGUCUUGAGUACAUUCAUGAGCAUACUAUUCCUGCCUACAUCCACCGUGACAUUAAAUCAGCAAACAUUUUGAUAGAUAAAGAUUUUCGUGCCAAGGUUGCAGAUUUUGGUUUAGCAAAAUUGGCUGAGGUCGGAGGUUCAUCUUUGCAAUCACAUCUUGUGGGUACAUUUGGCUACAUGGCACCAGAGUAUGCCAAUUGUGGUACUGUUUCUCCUAAAGUUGAUGUCUAUGCCUUUGGUGUUAUGCUUUAUGAACUAAUUUCAGCUAAGGCAGCUGUAGUUGAUGGAGGCUCUACUACUGAUACUAAGGGCCUUGUUGGUUUGUUUGAACAAGUUCCCAUAAUACCGGAUUCAAAUGAUGAUCUUCGCAAACUGGUUGACCCGAGACUUGGGGAUAAUUACCCAAUCGAAUCAGUCAGCAAGAUGUUUCAGCUAGCCAAACUUUGCACACAUAAAAAACCUGAAUCAAGGCCGAGCAUGAGAUCUGUUAUCGUUGCAUUAAUGGCAUUAUCAUCCCCCACAAAGGAUUCUAAGAUUUUUGUUCCUCAUUUAGAAACUGAGAUCUUGAAAUACGAGUAUUCUAUGAUCAAGUCUAUGGAAACUGAAGUUCUGGGAUCUGAGACUUUUACAGUUACAUCUGUAGAAUCUGAGGCUUAUACAAUAGAAGAAGGAAUUGAGGAUUAA